UCCAGAACUACAUCCCUUACAUUCUCAUCGGGCUCCUAUCAGCCAUCAUGGUCCGGCCUUUCUUCACCAAAUAUCGAAGAACAAAACUUCGUCUUCCACCCGGCCCCGUUGCCCUACCUAUCAUUGGACACCUCCACCUUCUUCUUCCUGUCUCGAACGUUCAUGUAGUCUAUCAGAAGCUCUCAUGGCGCUAUGGACCCCUAAUGCACUUCUUCUUUGGCUCUGUCCCUUGUGUUGUUGUGUCCUCUCCAGAGAUGGCAAAAGAGUUACUUCAAAACCAAGAUGUUGUAUUCUCCAACCGGCCCAAAAAGGUCGUUGCUGAACUUGUAGCCUAUGGCGACGCUGACCUUACAUAUGCUCCAUAUGGAGCAAAGUGGAGAUUCAUGAAGAAACUGUGUAUGACCGAACUACUUGGCAUGCAGACGAUACACCACUUUGGUCCCAUUAGGCGCGAGGAGAGGAACCGACUCUUACAGAGACUACUAAAAAAGGCCAAAGCUGGUGAGGCGGUUGAUGUUAAAGCUGAGCUUUUGAGGCUAACCGGUGACAUAGUGUCAAGAAUGAGUAUGAGCCGAAGAUGCUCAGACAAUGAAGAUGAGGCUGCCGGGGUGAAGAAGUCGAUACUAGAAAUGGCCAGUAUGGCAAUGAAGCUUAAUGUGACAGAUUUUAUCUGGUUCUGUAAGAAAUUAGAUAUUCAGGGUUUCUUAAAGAAGGCAAAGGCAGCUCGUGAUAAAUACGACUCCAUGAUCGAGAGGAUUAUAAGCGAGCAUGAAGAGGCGAGGAGGAAGAAGGAAGCAGGUGAUGGGAAUGGUGAAGUGAAGGAUUUGAUUGAUAUGUUACUUGAUACAACAGAAGACGAGAAGGCUGAGAUGAGAUUGACAAGAGAGAACAUUAAGGCCUUGAUGCUGAAUAUGAUUGGAGGAGGGACAACUUCACCUGCUCAUGCGAUGGAAUGGGCACUCGCAGAACUAAUUAACCGCCCAAAUCUUAUGGAGAAAGCAAGACAUGAAAUUGAUUCUGUCGUCGGAAAGGACAGACUGGUGGAAGAAUCAGAUAUUACCAACCUUCCCUAUGUUGAGGCCAUUGUGAGGGAAACGCUAAGGCUUCACCCUCCGGGUCAUUUCAUUGUUAGGGAAUCAAUUGAAGACUGCAAAGUUGGAGGCUAUGACAUUCCUGCGAAGACCCAGCUAAUUGUUAAUGUGUGGGCUAUCGGAAGGGAUCCAAAUUCCUGGGAGAACCCACUCGAGUUCCAGCCUGAGAGAUUUCUCAACGAGGGAGGUAUAAACAGGCGAUUGAAUGUAAGAGGACAGCAGUUCCAUCUGCUGCCCUUUGGUAGUGGAAGAAGACUUUGCCCCGGAACUACACUAGCACUGCAGGUUCUCCAUACAACCAUUGCUGCUCUCAUUCAGUGCUUUGACUGGAAAGUAAACGGCAAUAUUGAUAUGAAAGAGGGAUUUGGCUCAACCCGAGCAACCCCCUUGGUCUGCGUCCCAGUGGUCAGGCUGAACCCACUACCAAUAUAUACAAGUUGAAGAAAGCCUAAAUGUUAGAGUCGUAUCUUUGAUGUGGCAGUGCUUUCUAGGUACUCUGUAUGUAAAGAUCUGAACGUUUGUUCUAUGUUCGGUUAAGUUGUGAAUCGUGUGUCUCAUAAAUAAAUUUAUGUAUUCUCGCUGCGCCA